GAUUUGUUGAUAGGGCACUAAAAUCCCCUCCCUUAUGUGGUCUUGCUGCAAACUUGGCAUGAUAUGCACGAAAUGGAUUUGUGGAUAAGGCACUAAAAACUUUUAAGCAAACGCUGUUUGUGGAUGUAAAACUUGACCCCACAACCUUUAGCUUGCAUCCUCUUUACCUGCGCCAAAUUGGGAGCUAUGGGGUCGUUGCUAUUGAAACAACCCUGGUAGACACGUACACAAAAUGUGGAAGCAAAGACCAAUCACGUGAUCUGCAUAACAAAAUACCCAAGAGAAAUGUGACCUGGCAGCUACCAUGAUUGUAGGAUGUGCGCAAAAUGGUUUUCUUGAAAAUGCUUUAUAAAUUUUCAAGUAAUUGCAACUGGCAAGUAUUAGGCUUGCCUCUCACUCUCUUUCCAACCUUUGACCUGCGUAUCUGUCCCCUCCAGGAUGCCCUCUCUCUCUCACACUCUUUUCCCAUUUUGCCAGGCAGAGUGCGAAUCUCUUUCCCUCUGUAAAUUGCCCCUCAUCCAUAGCUGCAAUUUUUGAACAAUUUUUGAAUUCCCUAUCUUCCUCUAUCUUCCACAUUCUUACAUACAUGCCUAUCAAAUUAGUUGCAGUCAUCAUACCCUUCCUUUUGCCUUUUUCUUAUGCACCGACUCUGUUUUUAUUUUUAACAUCCCCCUUCCAUUUCCUACGUCCAUAUUCCAUGUAACUUGAGAUUUUCAGGGCUAGAAAAGGCUCACCAUGCCUCACUAAAUGCACAUACAUACCCCAUAAUACUUGCGCCUUACCAUCCCUUUCCGCAUUAUUUCAGCAGACAUCUUAAGUUCAUUUAUUAUUUUCUCGUUGCUUCUUUGACCACAAGCACGCAUUUGUUGGGAUGUGGCAAGGCAAAGACGAACGCUCGUUCACAACAACGUCCUUUUACGCAGUUGUCAAAAAUUCGAGGAACGGUAAGGGUUCCUCUGUGCGAUGCAACUUAUAAAUGAGUAUACUCCACCACGGGCUGUCAGGCUGUCAGCUCUUCCCAUCCUGGAAAUUCACUUUACAUUCUCAUCCUGAGGUGAGGAGGAAGGGCAAGUCAGCUUCUGCCACAAAUCCUGGAGGUGAGGAGGAAGGGCAAUUCAGCUUCUGCCACAAACCAAGAAAGCACGGCAACUGGAGAAAUAGACAUGGAAUUUUUUUUUUGUGGAAGUCUCACAACGAUAGCAAAGAAGGAUAAAGAUAAAAAGCAGCAAAAAGUAAUACCUGUGAGAAGAUCAGAUUGGAUUCGAAACGCAACAAAGUCCGAUUUUUAUCUAUAUAAACAAGAUGUAGAUAAAAAACAGCUAAAACAAAUACCUGAGAAAAGAUCAGAUUGGAUUUCAAACCAAGGAAACCCGGGGAUGCGUCCCUGCCUGAAAACCUCCGUCUCAGUUCUGGGGACGUUUCGGGGACUUGGGAUGGUCAGGGGACGUUUCCCACAGUUCCUAAAUUGCCAAGAAUUUAGAGGGGACAUCUCCGAAAUGGGGGACGUCUGUCUUAGCUGUGGGGAUGUCCGUACAUCCCGGGGACGGCUGGGACGUACCCCUUCCGUCCCUCCGCAUCUAAGACUAUUAAAAAAAUAAAAAAUGUGGAAUUUUCAAUUUUUUUUUUUUUUUUUUUUAAUAUGGCCUCCUAUUAAUUCAAAUUAUUAUUUAAAAAAUUAAAAGGCAACAUUAAUUAAAUUUUAAAUUUAUUAAAAUUUAAUUCAUAUCAAACGUUUAAAAUUCUGAAUUAUGAAUGCAUAAUUGCAUAUCGAGUAUUGACGAUGUUGUAUGUUCAAAAUUUACAUUCAUCCAUGUUUUCCUAGUAUCAUACACAUGCUAUAUCCAUGUUUUCAUAUGAAUAUAAUGUAUAUAUGCAUGCUUUAUCCAUGUUUUCAUAUGAACAUUUAGAAUUUUCCUAUAUAUUUUAAAUUUUCCCUAUAUUUUAUAUAGCCAUCCUGCGCUGCCCCUGCCAUCCCCAUCCCCGAAACUGGGAUAACAUAAAAUCAAACCCAACAAAAUCUGAUUGUGCUCUCUAUAGACAAGUAUGUCAUGUCAACUUUCUCGCACAAUGGGCAUGAAUGUGUUUUCUUUAUUUUGUGGAAAGUGCUACUAAUCUAGGGGAGCAUUCCAUAUGAGCAAGAUCAUUUCUAACCACCUAGGAUCCUUGCCCUUCCUACGCUGUUUUGUUGUAUUAGUCUUGCGAUUUUUUUGUUGCAGUUGAUUUUCUUCAAAAGACAUUUCUUAAGAAUAGUUUGUAUUUGUUUAAUGCAAGAUGUAGAUAAAAAGAAGCUAAAAGCAAUACCUUUGAGAAGAUUGGGAAUUUGUAUUUUAAUUGAUGGAGACGACGCCCAUGGUCUUGCAGUACUUAAGCAGUUUGGCACACUGGAAUUUGAGAGCACAUACAUGAAAGGGAUGUUAUUUUAUGCUUUGCAUGCAAUUCUAGCAAGUUGUAUGCUGGUCUUAAUUUGCAAGCUGUCAGUGAAUAUGCAGAUGGAUUUGGCCUGUCAAUUGGUGGUCAAUUCAAAAGAAUUGGACCUACCAAUCACUGCAUAUGCAGAUGAAUUGGGCCUGUAAAUUAACAGAGAUUCAGAGGAAUCUCGCCUUGGAAUCAAUGAAAAUACAGAGGAAUUCAGCAUUUUAAUUGAUGGAGAUGAAGCCCAUGGUCUUGCAGUACUUGAGCAGUUUGGCACACCGGAAUUUGAGAGCACAUACAAUUUUGGAGCCCAUAGUACCAUUUUAAUUGGCCUGUCCGGAACACUGCGUUGGAGAGUCGUAAUCACAUGGAACCUGUCACGUCAAAUGAAAAAAAGGGCAAGGAAUGGGUGCUGGAUGUUUUUCUUGCAGAAGAUUCCAAACAUUUGGGAGCAGCGUGUCCUCUGUCUCUGCUUCUUGCAGUUACGGGUGCAUUUUUUUGUGCAGCUGCAGUAGUGAUUAAUUGGUCCAAAAAAAGGGCAACAUGUUCUAGUACUAAGUCUACCCUAGAAUUUGUUGGAUCAAAGUAGUAAGACAAACAGAAGUGAGACUUAAGCUUUGACCAUUGAAAACUGGGGUGAUUUCUCCUAGGAUUAGUGUAAUCCCUGAACUGCCUUGAUAUCUAGCUUCCAGUGAUCGAUGUGUAUCCUUUGUUGAAGAAUAUUGACAUGGACAUUCUAAAAUUGGUGGGUUGGAUUUGAGCUUUAAGUGGGAGAAUGUGAGGGUAUUCGUGGAGGCAUAGCAAAUGAGGAAUCUGUCAUGCUUAUUGUUACAACCAUUCUGAUACGCAUCCAAUAUUUAACAUAAUGCCUCAAAGAAAAGUCAUCCCAGUGAGAUGGAUGCAACAUUUGUAGAGUAUGAUUUGUUUAAUAGACUUAAAACCUCAACAAAUCCCCUCAAAUUGGUGAUAAAAUAAUUUCCAAAUCCCCUCAAAUUGGUGAUAAAAUAAUUUCCAUGGGUUGUGCCAGCGUCAUACCCGCGAAUCCACUCAAAUUGAAUUCAUUUGAUUGCAGGAUAUCCAUGAAAUGGAUUUUUUUUGUAAGGGUUUUAGAAAAUUUCAUUCAAAUGUAGCUCCAUAAUUUUAUUUUAUCAGAUGGCAUCCGAUCAUACAAUCAUACGUUAACAGUUAAAAUAUUUUUCUGAUCAAAUUGAUCUUAAAGUGCAUAUGAAGGUACUCCUAUGUAUUAACAAUUUCAUGAAUUGGAUAGAG